UCGGAUUAGUCAGAAUGUUGUUCGAAGCUGAAAGAAGAGUUGUUGCCUUAAUUUCUUUGGUUUUCGGACAUGAAUUGUAUUCUGCAAGUGUCUGUUUAUGAAAGCAGGUGAAAGCCAUUUCUCGCCAAUGAAGUCUUUCGCAGAUGAGAAGACCGCCUUGGCGUGGGCCGGGUGCAGAAAAGGCAAUUCGACGUUCUUCGUGAUGAGCGAGAACAGUACGGAGAAUGCACCGGAGCACAGGCCAGCCGGAGCGUCGGCAGAGAGACACUCGUUCUUGCAGUACGCUAUGCUGCAUUUCAGAGAGAAUCCGCUCAGGGGCGAGCAAGGUAUGCAACACGGAGGUUCUAUGAGAGGUACAACAAAGAUAAUCGACUACUUAACGAGGAAAAGAACGAAAAAAGGUCACUUUUCGGACUGGACAUGGAAAGAACUGACAGAUAAAGUCAAGUAUUCACCGUUUCCAAUUGUAACAUCACUACUCAAAUUGGAAUCAGAGUAUUUGAACAGAUUAGCUGUUGAUAGUUUCACAGCUAUCAUGAGAUAUAUGGGUGAUUUACCCUUAGGCCUACAUCAGAGGGAAGUAGAAUGUGUUUAUAAUAUUUUAGUGAUCUGUCAUCAUCAUCCAGCUCUAAGGGAUGAGCUUUACUGUCAGCUGAUGAAACAGACAACCAACAAUAAAAGUUUAAACCAAGACAGUAGUAUUCGUGGUUGGAGACUAUUGGCAUUUGUGGCUGCUUUUUUCCGAUGUUCCGAAAGUUUGAUGCCUUAUCUCAUGAAAUAUUUAGACACAGCAGCACAAGAUGACAGAAGAAUAGAGCAAGCUACUGCAAAAAUAUGCAUUGCAAAUUUUAAACAAACAGUAAAAUAUGGAGGACGACGUAAUGUUCCAAGUGAGAAUGAAGUUUGCUGUAUGACAGAAGGUAAAUUAAGCAAACAGCAUACUUAUUUCCUACCUGGAGGCCUACAAAUAGCUCUUCAAACCUCAGCAUCCACGGUUGUGGAAGACAUUGUUAGAUGCAUCAGCCACAAAAUGGGAAUUGAGGAUGAAGUGGAGUGCAGGGAGUUUUCACUGUAUUGCAUUGUAGAAGGAGAUCAAUACACAAUGCCACUAGAGAGAGAUGAAUAUAUUCUUGAUCUAGUUGCAGAACUAGAAAAGAACGAAAAUAUUUACUAUCUUGUGUUUUGCCGUUCUGUGUGGAAUUUCCCAUUAAGAUUAGAUUCUGAAUUAUAUAUAGAUAUUAUUUUUCAUCAAAUUGUACCAGAUUAUUUAGAAGGUUAUCUACUAAUUUUACCUUCCCAUCAUGUAAAAAUUUCACAAGAGACACAGGAAGAAUUAUUACGAAUUACGGUACUUCUCCAUAAAGCCAGAGGAAGCAAUAUUUCACCUACUGAAAAAGAUAUGCUAAGCUUGCUUCCCAAAACAACCCUGGAAACAUUCAGCAAGAACACAGAAUCCAGUAUGAAUUAUAUUUCUCGACUGUGGGAUGACAUAAUUCCACUGAAUGCAACAGAAGCAAAAGCACAAUGUUUGGAAAUAUUGCAGAAAUGGCCACUCUUUGGCUCAUGUUUUUUUGGAAUAAAGAUGUUAGAAGAUAAUAAUGAAGAAGAAUCGAUACUUGCAAUAAAUAAAACGGGAGCAAAUGUUUUAGACAUCCAAUCCCAUGAGACAUUGUGGAGAUUCAGUUUUUCUGCUAUCUGUACACCAAGCAAUAUAGUUGAGCUGCAAGGAACAACUUAUGCAGAUGUAGUUUUUGGAGAUGAAACUAUCCAGAAAAUUAUACGACUCCAAAUUGAUCAUGCCCAUGAAGUAACAAGACUUAUUAAGCAGUAUGAAGUAAUACAAAUACAGAGUGAAACAAAGAAUGUAUCAAUGGAUUAUCCAGCAGUCAUGAUUAAAAUAUAACAAACAAAAAAUUAUAUUUGUGAGAAAAGCCAUCUAGUUAGCAUCUAUAUUUAUAAACAAGAGCUCUCACAAUUCAUUCAAAC